CACUUAUCCGCUCGUGAUCGAGCAUCCCGCUGCUCCCCAUCUUCAUCCUCUCAAGACUGCCACUCAUCAAACCACCCACAGCAGCCUCGACGCUGCCACCAAGUGCCCAAGAUGAACUACUCUAACAUGAUUGAGGAGAAGAACCUCAAAAAGACCUUCAUCAUCGCCACCCUGUGCUCCACACUCGUCGGCACGUUCUCGUCGUCCAUGGGCUUAUGGGAUCGGGUGCAGGACAAACGCAAGCAGAGGAAGCGGGACUUCAAACAAGACGACGAGAUCAACAAGCUCAAGGAGCAGAUUGAGCAGGCAGAGAACAGAUACCAGGAGAGCCAGAAGCAGCCGCAAGCCAAGGAUGAUGUCGGGGCUUCACUCGCAAGGUCCGGAGCCAUGAUCCGCCGCGAGUUCGACGAAGGUUACGACCAGUUUGGCCGUCGCUUCGCCAUAGGAGACGCCAUCACCGAGAACAGGCUCCAGGCACAGGUCAUUGCCCUGCAGCAGACAGUCAUCAACGUGCUCCAGGAUGCCCUCUUGACUGGUCGGCCUUUGUCUCAAGCAGACAUGAAGCAGCUCGUGGCCGCUUCCAACGCUGCGCGAGACGGAUCUCUGGACGCACUAAGAGAGCAGAAGGAGCGGCAGAUGCUUGCCCUCGAGGCGCCGCCACAGAAAGCCCUUCCCUCGGCCAAAGCAUCUUCCAGGGCGUCAUCCUCAGAGCGGUCAUACGCUCCUCCGAAACGUGCGUCCACACUGGUCGACACAGAUCCGCUGUACUGUCGCUACAGCCUUGACAUUCAGUACAUCAAGAAGAAGCCGCUGGCCGCUUCGUUUGCUCCGGGAGGCGCAUGCCGAUGCCCAGACUGCGGGCUUCGCGUCGACGUCGAGUCAGAUGACUUCUGGGAGAUUAACAAGCGGACUCCAGUAUUGGUGUCUGAUAGUCAUGGCUAUGACAAAGAGGUCAUUGAGGAACGGUCAUUCCACUUGGGCCAGCGGUUUAUCGUGAAGUGCCACACGCCAGACGGCGAGUAUGCCUGCGUCUUGUGUUCAAGACAUCGCGACGCGGACGCCAUCUGUCCCACAGUCGAGACACUCGUCAACCACGUCGGAAAAUACCACACCGUGGCCGAGCUCGAGCGGGACCCGGACUUGUUUCUCGAGCCUCCGCGUCCGCAGAUGUUGUCUCUUCCACCUCCCCCUGUUGCACCUGUUGCUCCGUCACCGCCGUUGUCCGUGCGCGCUGAUAGAGACGAGGUGGCUUCGCUGAUGGACGCUAUCGAGGCACGCGAUCGACGCAUGUCUCUGCCGGCAAAAUACCGAUAGGCGAUUCUGUCAGCGGUCUGCUCCUCUCGAAAAAAUAUCCUAGCCAACGACGUUCAUGCCGUCCAUGAAAUGUCGACGAUCUAUAUUCAUGUACUCUGCCCAACAGAGAUCUCCGCAUUUUCUAAGUAUACAUAGCGUAGGCGCCAAUUCCACUUAUACAUCUUGUCAGACA